CUUGGAUGGUACAACUCUUUGCCCGCGCCUUCAAGACAAGCAAAGGAGAACUCAACAAAGGGCCAUGCUAAUUUGUACUUGACGGCAUCGCGUUGGCAGCGUUGCCGUACGUCUAGGUCGGUCGCCAUCCACAAAUGCACCUCCCAGCGCUUUCGCUCACCGCAUUUUUCAAAUUAUUCCAGUUCUGCGCAACCAAAGAUGCAGAAGCGCACGUCGGACCAGACGGGGAGUGCUACCGGUACGCGAAUCCUCGGGGGCUUUUCAAGCCUCAAAAAUAAGGGCCGCUUUGACAUUUUGUAUCGCGGUUGGUUCAAAAACCACAAAGACUAUGACAAGUUUGGUGCGGACUCCUCUGGGGGAUCUGGCAACAAACUCUUUGAGCACGGUGUGCUUGAUCGCUGCUCCGCAUUCUUCACGAAUCUCUUUGGAGAUGUGCUGGUGGCGCUUCAAUUCGUCUUGCCCACCAAGAAGGAGCAACGCCUUUACUUGAUCCUUUGGGAGCUGCUGAAGCACCUGCUGAGGCUUCAAGCUAGCAGCGCAGGUGACCUUUUGCAGUUGCAUGUGCGACACCAGACUGCUGAGCAAGUCGCAGACUCAGACGCUGACAUGGAGGACGCGGGCGAGGUGGCCCCAGAGCGCGAAACCGUCGAGGCGGAAGGCCGCAGCACCCAGGUUGCAACUGUGGCUUAUGAGGAAAGCUUUACUGGCGGCAAGGUGCUCUCCGGAGCUGCCGAGUUCGUGGUGUUGCGCUCGCCGGGGCCCAAGGAUCGCAAUGAAUUGUUUGGGGACCUCGUGGAUGCACUCGAUCAGGGGAGCAAGCCAGUACUAGUUGUUGAAGUCAAAACCGCGUAUAGCGAGUCCACGGAUGUGGUGUGGCAGCCGUUAGCUUAUGCGCUGGAGAUCGCAGACUAUACAGAGACGGACCAGCCCGUUUGGAUUUUGGUCACCAACUUGAGGGAUUGGCACUUUUAUGAGGUGCGGCGGGUGGGCAAGAGAGCAGCAGGGGAGGGCAUCGCUCCUCGCGCAUCCAAGUUCCUGUACAAAGUGGUGCGCGGAGAGGAAUUCAAUGCCGACCUGCGGUACCCGGCGUCAGGAGAGAAUGAGAGCGGCUUUCUGCGGUUGGUGGCGUACUUGUACCGGAUCCUGUACCCCGGCAAGGACCUCGAGGCGCUCACACAAGACUACGAGCGGAGUACGAAGGCCGUUGAGGAGGCGUCGAAGAACUGGUUCGCGUCUGCCAAGGCGUCUGCGGACCUAAAGGCCGCGCUCGUGGCGGAGACGGCCAGGGCAGACGCGGAGGCGGCCAGGGCAGACGCGGAGGCGGCCGAAAACGCUCGUCUGCGGGCUCAGCUCCAGGCCAUUGCGCAGCAGUGGAAGGGCAAGAACUGACAUCACCGAGGUGGCCUACUGCUACGAUGAGCCGGGGAGGGAGAUGGAGCGCCACAUGCCUGCAGCGACCUAUACCUGCGCUGCAUGUUUAAUUGGCGGGCUGCACUGCAUGACAUAUUUGGGGUUGCUCCGGAGUCCCAAUCUCAUAUAUCUCAACGUGAGACGGGGCCGGGGUGAUGAUGGCGAGGGACGCACUGUUGCGCAUGCAUUGGGAGGGGUACGGAGCUAGUAGAGUAAGGGCAUGGAGUUGCUUUUGCUGUUCGCUGUAGCGUAGGCGCUAGGACGUGUUGCUGUCGCUGUGGUUUCUUCUGCCGUGGGGGGCCCACAAGGGAAACAGGGGCGCUUGAAUGGCACCGUCAUGCUGGGUCAUAAGCUCAUAACUCGUAAUGGGAUUAACUGCUGCCGGUUGGCCUCCUGCUGUGUACCGGUGGCAUGCUGGUAUUGUUGCAUGCUGAAGGGGUGCCAAGGAACUAACCAGAUCUGUUAUCAAUGUUGAGGGCUUUGUUGGUAAAUCCCAAAGUUGCUGUGGCUUUCCAACAAGUGGCGUGCAGCAGCUACCGGUAUUAUCGUACUACUGCGUCGAUUCUUAUGAUGUGCAUGUACGGUAAUGAUGUGUGAGGUGUGGCGCGCCUGCGGCUGGUGGUAGGCGCGGCAAUCCGUCCUGAGAAAGUGAAUACCUGGAACUAUGCGAUCUUCGUGUGUUUCCUUCGUUCGACAGAGGCGGCAAUGUAAGAGGGGAGGAGCUA